UUCAUUAUCUUCUUUCCUUGCAAGUGAAUAAGUAGCAUCACUUUUUCAAAAAAAAAAAAAAAGAGUAGAAUCACCAAUCAAGAGUCCAAAACUAAACUCUGUGACUGAUUCCCACUCGGUAGUAUAAUAUGACACCGGAUUGUUUGUUCCCUGCAAUUUCAGAUUGAAAAGAGUUGCUCCCACCAAGUAUAGAGUUGCUUGUUCCCUGCAGUUUUGAGCGUUAAUUUGGAGAUGGCUUCCAUGCUUAGUCAAAUUGUUUGUACUCCGAAUAACAAUUGUAAGGUGUGGGAGGAUCCCUCAUUUUUCAAGUGGAGAAAGAGAGCUGCUCAUGUUCCAUUUCACUGCCAUGAAUCAGUUGAAGGAUCUCUUAGAUACUGGUAUGAGCGCAACAAAGUAGAUUUUUUGGUAUCAAAAUCAGCAGUUUGGGAUGAUAGGGCGGUAACUGAGGCCCUGGAGUGCGCUGCUUUUUGGGUGAAGGGCUUGCCUUUUGUCAAGUCUUUGUCGGGCUAUUGGAAAUUUCUACUUGCUCAGAGUCCUGAGACAAGUCCUGUGAACUUUCAUGAUAGCACCUUUGAAGACUCUACAUGGAGUACUAUACCAGUUCCUUCCAAUUGGCAGAUGCAUGGUUUUGAUAGGCCUAUUUAUACAAAUGUUAUGUAUCCAUUUCCACUUAAUCCACCUAAAGUACCUGAGGAGAAUCCGUGUGGCUGCUACAGAACUUACUUCUUGCUUCCUAGAGAAUGGGAAGGUCGGAGGAUAUUUCUUCAUUUUGAAGCUGUUGAUUCUGCCUUCUUUGCUUGGGUGAAUGGUGUACCUGUUGGAUACAGUCAGGAUAGUAGACUACCUGGUGAAUUUGAGAUCACAGAUUUUUGUCACAAAUGUGGAUCUGGCAAGAGAAAUUCCCUAGCUGUGCAAGUGAUGCGAUGGAGUGAUGGUUCUUACCUUGAGGAUCAGGAUCACUGGUGGUUAUCGGGCAUCCAUCGUGAUGUGCUUCUUCUAGCCAAGCCCAAGGUGUUCAUUGCAGAUUAUUUCUUCAAAUCAAGCUUGGCAGAAGGUUUUUCUUAUGCAGAUAUACAGGUUGAAGUGCAAAUUGAUUCUUCAAAUCAAAUACCAAAGGAGGACAUUCUAGGUUACUUCACCAUUGAAGGUGCUUUAUUUGAUACAGAGAGUUGGUAUUGCGGCAACCAUAAUGCUCGUGCUGAUCUGCUUUCUAGUAGUGUGGCUCAUUUACAACUGGAUUCAUCUCUAAAUCAUUAUAUUGGAUUCAUGGGGUAUAUGUUAAAGGGAAAAUUGCUUUCGCCAAAGCUUUGGUCGGCUGAGCAACCAAAUCUCUACACUUUAGUUGUGACCCUCAAAGAUGCAUCUGGAAAUGUAAUCGAUUGUGAGUCAUGCCAAGUAGGUAUAAGAGAAAUAUCAAAAGCCCCAAAACAGCUGCUUGUAAAUGGGCACCCAGUGGUAAUAAGAGGUGUUAAUAGACAUGAACACCAUCCACGCCUUGGGAAGACAAACUUGGAGUCCUGCAUGAUUAAGGAUUUGGUCUUAAUGAAGCAAAACAAUAUCAAUGCUGUUAGAAACAGCCAUUAUCCCCAACAUCAACGAUGGUACGAGUUAUGUGAUCUGUUUGGGAUGUACAUGAUUGAUGAAGCCAAUAUCGAGACACAUGGUUUUCAUGACUUUACAAACAUAAAGCAUCCUACACAGGAACCAAGUUGGGCUUCUUGCAUGUUGGAUCGUGUCAUUGGCAUGGUUGAGAGGGACAAAAAUCAUGCCUGCAUCAUAUCUUGGUCUCUUGGGAAUGAGUCAGCCUAUGGACCUAAUCAUGCUGCACUUGCUGGUUGGGUACGAGGAAAGGAUGCAUCAAGGGUUUUACAUUAUGAAGGUGGUGGUGCUAGGACAUCGUCAACAGACAUUGUCUGUCCUAUGUAUAUGCGUGUAUGGGAGAUGGUAAAGAUAGCAGAAGAUCCAACCGAAACACGGCCACUGAUAUUGUGCGAGUACUCUCAUGCUAUGGGAAACAGCAAUGGUAAUCUUCAUGAGUACUGGGAAGCAAUUGAUACCACAUUUGGUCUUCAAGGAGGUUUCAUAUGGGAUUGGGUUGAUCAGGGAUUACUCAAGGAAGGUGUGGAUGGUACAAAGCAUUGGGCUUAUGGGGGUGAUUUUGGUGAUACCCCUAAUGACUUGAACUUCUGUCUAAAUGGCCUUAUGUGGCCAGAUCGAAGUCCUCAUCCUGCAGUGCAUGAGGUUAAAUUCUUAUACCAGCCAAUCAAAGUUUCCUUGACUGAAGGUGUAGUCAAGAUCAGAAAUGUCCACUUCUUUGAUACAACGGAAGCAGUUGAGUUCAACUGGAUGCUUCAUGGUGAUGGCCAUGAACUUGGUUCAGGACUCCUCCCUCUACCAAUAAUAGAUCCACAAAGAAGUCUAGAAAUUGAUUUUAAGUCUGGCCCAUGGUAUUCUGUGUGGAGUUCUUCAGAUGCUGUUGAAUUUUAUUUGACAGUAACUUCAAAGCAUGUGUGCCCCACGCGCUGGGCUGAACCUGGUCAUGUAAUUUCAUCUACACAAGUUCAGUUACCAGCAAGAGAAGAAACUGUUCCUCGUACCAUUAAAUCAGAAAACAUUAAAUUUGGUUGCGAGGUGGUGGACAACAUAAUUGUACUUAGCCAGCAGGACCUGCAGGAGAUAAACUUCAACAAACAGACUGGUGCAAUUGAGAGCUGGAAGGUUCACGGAGUUUCAGUGUUGCAAGAAGGCAUUGUCCCAUGCUUUUGGCGAGCACCAACAGAUAAUGACAAAGGAGGAGGAUCUGUUAGUUAUCUCUCCAAGUGGACAGCUGCAAGUAUUGAUAAACUUAUCUUUCUUGCUGAGAGUUGCUCUAUUCAAAACAAGACAGAUUUUCUUGUUGAAAUAGCAGUUGCUUUUCUGGGCCUGCCAAGAUGUGUUGACAAGACAGCUUCAGAGUUAGACAAGUCAACUGCUCUAUUCAAGGUUAAUAUGCUGUACUCUUUUUAUGGGUCUGGUGAUGUUGUGCUGGAAUGCAAUGUAAAACCAAGUUCUCAUCUUCCACCUUUGCCACGUGUGGGAGUUGAAUUUCACCUGGACACGACUAUGGAAGUGAUCAGAUGGUAUGGACGAGGACCAUUUGAAUGUUAUCCGGAUAGAAAAAUUGCUGCCCAUGUAGGCCUGUAUGAGCAGAAUGUGAAUGAUAUGCAUGUGCCUUACAUUGUUCCUGGGGAAUGUUCAGGUAGGGCUGAUGUUAGAUGGGUUACUUUUCAAAACAAUGAUGGCUAUGGCAUAUAUGCUUCGAUAAAUGGUGGAUCUCCACCAAUGCAAAUUAAUGCAAGUUACUACAGCACUGCUGAACUUGAAAGGGCAACACACAAUGAGGAGCUUAUAAAAGGGGAGAACAUUGAGGUGCAUCUUGACCACAAACACAUGGGCUUGGGUGGAGAUGAUAGCUGGUCUCCUUGUGUCCAUAAGAAUUAUCUCGUACCUGCUGUGCCAUACUCUUUCUCGAUCAGAUUUCGUUCUUUAACUGGCUCCACUUCAGGAUAUGAAAUCUAUAGAGGCCAGUUCUCGUAGAAAUACAUUUUGUUAGUAAAAUAAUCAGUGUCCUCUUUUUGAUUUCUUGUUUCUGAAGUCAUCAACGUUUUGGAGUUUCUAUUAUUGACUUGAUCGGAUUAUUAAAAUAAUGGUUAUGGCAAAUGGGGACAAUUGGUCGACAUACACUAACCAUACGUUCUGAUUUAAAUGCGCCCCGCCUUUUUUCCCAUUCA